AUGUUGCGACUUUCAGCGGAAGAGAUCCUGAGCAACAUGGAUCCUAAGGAGGACCCAUGCAAUGAUUUCUACCGGUACACAUGCGGGAGAUUUGUCGACAAAGCUAUCAUCCCUGAUGGCGAGUCCUGGGUAAGCCAGUUUACCAAGAUUGAUUAUCAGUUGAAGAAGGACCUCCGACACAUCGUGGAAAAGCCAAUCGGUUCUGGGGAACUUCCAGCUUUCCGUGUAGUGAAGACCAUGUACGCGUCGUGCAUGAACCAGAGUCAGAUCAACUUAUUGGGGCUGGAUGUCCUGAAGGAUGUCCUGGAUCGGAUCGGUGGAUGGCCCGUAGUCCUCGGAUCGGAAUGGAACGACUUACACUUCACCUGGAGCAGCCUCAUGUACGAAUACCGGAAAAUGGGAUUCUCCAUUGGUUACUUUAUCGAAUUCUCUGUUGCCGGUGACAUGAAAAACUCCUCUCGCAAUAUCCUCAAGAUCGAUCAGCCAACACUUGGUCUGGACAGGGUAUACUUGAUGAAAGGCCUGGACGAUGAUGUUGUCCAAGCGUAUUAUGAUUACAUGGCGAAAUUGGCCAUCCUCCUCGGCGCCGCGCCAGAUCGAGCGCAACUGGAAUUACGGGAGGUCCUCCAGUUCCAAAUCCUUCUCGCUAAUUACUUGCUGCCAAACGAAGAAAGGCGCAAUUCAACGAAUCUGUACAACAAGAUGACGAUUACCGAAUUGAGGCUGAGAUGGCCCAGUAUUCCAUGGCACGAUUACGUGAAUGAGAUGUUGGCCCCCUUCCAUAACGUGACACCCGAAGAGCCCGUCAACAUUGUCGCCCCUGCAUAUAUUGACAAGUUCGUCGGUGCUCUUGAGAUCACACCCAAGAGGUAA